CAUGCCUGUUCACCCAAUACAUAAUCACAAGAAUAUGAUUGCAAAAUGUGCCAAAAUACUAAACGAAGAAUGGCCACGUAAUCUCGAAAUUAGAAUUACACAAUUAGAAAAGUCCUGUGAUGAAUUGCCUACUUCUUUAGCUUUUAGUAACGACACCCAAAAAGUUGUUGGUCACUGUAGAUUAUGUAAAGUCUUGGGUCAUGAUGACUGUUGCUAUAUUGAAUCAGUUGUAAUAAAGAAGAAACAUAGAGGUAAAGGAUAUGGAAAGAGACUUAUGAAAGAGGCGGAAAUUUAUGCAAAAAGCAUCGGAAUUACAGUUAUUUAUUUAACAACACACGAUGUUCAAGAUUUCUAUUCGUCUAUAGGAUAUGUGUAUUGUGAACCGAUUGUUACUAUGGGCAUGAAUUCGAAUAAUUUUUGCGAGGACGUUAAAAAAAUGUUGGAAAGUUGCUUCGGUCAAAAGAACAUUUGUAUUAGUGAAAUGAAAAAAAAAGAAAGGAAGCCUGUGGAGAUUAAACAGGCUUCCCCUUCACAGGUCCCGCCGCCACCUGCCCCGCCACCUCCUCCCCCUGCAAUGAGCGAAAGUACAUUCUUCAAAGAGAUUCGACGCCUGGGCAAAAAGGAAGUGAAAUGGAUGAAGAAAGAGCUUUUGUAA